AAAGGACUGAAUCGUCCAUAUACAAUAUAACCAUAACUAGAGCACCAUCGUCGCACACACAGGUCAUUUUCGCUUUCGGUUCAAAUCUUCUAACCGUUUUUUUCUGAACCGGACGUCGGUGCAGACGGUCGAACCGGCUUGAUUUCAACCCGCUGCCCGGAAAUCACAAACCCGCGGCGGCGACGGUGCUUGCGGUGGCAGACGGCGGAGUGUUCAAAUUCUGAAAUGGCUUCAAACCCCUCGCUUCUCCCUGAGAUCGGACCCGAUGGUCUCGCUAGAGAGGCUUCCGUCAUCAGCUACACCGAGAAGAUCAUCCAAGAAGAACAGCUUCAAUUACGCAAAUACAUUGAAGAAAACUAUUCUAAAAUUCGUGAUGUCGAGCGUGAGCUUGCAAAUCUUACACUGGAGAUGAAACUUACAGCUGGGCCCAAAAAAGCAGCACUUGAACAUUUGAGAAAGAAAAUAGAGGUGUCAACUGAGAAAAUUCGUCUGGCCAAGCUAAAUGAAGAACAGGCACGAAAGGCAUGGGAAUCAGCAGCCAAAGUGGUGAAGGAUGAGGAAGCUGUAAAGCAGAAACUAUGUGAAGACUUGAGCAAUUUGGUUCAAGAGAGCAGUACCUCUCAAUUUUCUCGGCUGGAGGAACUAAAAAGACGAUUGGAAGCUAUGAAUCCAAGUCGUGCGUCAACUAAUAUUUCUCAGGAUGGGAGAUCAGGAAGUCCUGCCCAGGACAGUACAACCGGAGACGGUUCCUCUGUUCCCAAGGCAAGGGAAUCAAGUGGGGGAUCAGCCGAGACUGUUCCCAACCAAAGUAAUGAUCAGAAAGUUGCAGCGACAGAUAGACCUAGUGAAGGGGGCGAUGGAAGAAGUAAAAAGAAAGUCAACUUCCAGUCAAAAGGAAAAGGAAUUGGUGCUGUUCCCAAGGGUAGAGCUUCUACUGGCUGGACUGGUGCUGGUUUUGAUGUAGAUGGGAGAACCUGAGGAUGCUGAUAUAAGAUGUUACUGUACUAAAUGCAUUACGGGUGCCAAGUCCAUAUUUUUUGUACUAGGUAUAAGUAUAACCUUCGAGUCUCCAUGUUUUUUACUCAUUUGGUUGGAAAUGUUGUCUUCCUUCAAUCACAUUGUUCCCGUGACAGUUGGUUGACACAGAUGACUAACGUCUGACUUUGUUUGAUAGCACGAAUUUGUGAAAUUCCCUACUAUUUGCAGGUAAGAAAUAAAGGGAAUUACUAGUUGUACCACCGAAAACUCUCCCUGCAUCAUAAAAAUCCGGAAUUUUUUUUGAAGUAUGUCGGUGGUGUAAGGAGAGCUUUCUGGGUGCAAAUAUUAAUUCCUGAAACAUUUCAACACCUCUAGUGAUAGCCAUAGGCAGGGAGGGUGAAAUAUGCUCAUGGUUCACAGACAAUGAGUUUUGAGGAGAUUCGGUUGUAUGCAUGGACGUCUAACGAUAAACUCUGAUUGUUUUUUAAGGGGAAUAUGUUCUUCUAUUCAGAUUUCAUUUCUUA